CUCGAUGUCUGAAGUGUAAUCUCAAUAUCCGUGUUUCGAUUCGGAGGAGAGCAAGAUUUCCCUGUUCGCCAGCAAUGUCCCACACAGGGAUCAAUAGGAGAAAUGGGGCCAUUAAGAUUCGACUCACAAUACUGUGCGCCAAGAAUCUCGCAAAGAAGGAUCUGUUCCGUUUGCCUGACCCAUUUGCCAAAGUCAGUGUUGAGGGAUCGGGCCAGUGCCACAGCACUGAUACCUGCAAGUCUUCAUUGGACCCCAAGUGGAACCAGCACUUUGACCUAUAUAUUGGCAAGUCAGAUGCCAUAACCAUAAGUGUUUGGAACCACAAGAAGAUUCACAAGAAGGAAGGAGGAGGUUUCCUUGGAUGUGUGCGAAUCAUGUCCAAUGCCAUUCAACGCUUGAAAGAUACUGGAUAUCAAAGACUAGACUUGACGCGCGCGAAUGCAAACGACACAGAUCAAGUGAAGGGACAAAUUGUUAUAUCCUUACUCUCGCGAGAACAACACAACUCCUCAAGCUGUCAUGAAAACAGUGCAACACCCGUCGUUCAAACGGUUGUCGAUGCUUUGGGAAACGUCGCAAGUCCUGCAUCAUCUGCAGGUAUCCAAGACGCUGCCACGGUUUCGGUCACCGCGCCCCUUCCGCAGGGUUGGGAGGAAAGGAGAACAUCUAGUGGCCGUAGAUAUUACGUGAAUCCGGAAUCAAGAAGUAGUCAGUGGACCAGGCCCAUCGUUGAGAGUAGUAAUGGUGCUCAGGCUAGUAGCAGCUCAGUUGCCACUAGCACUGGCCGAGAGAGUAGACGCAGUCAUAGUAGCAGAGAACGAGAUAAACGACAUCCUGCCGUUCCCGUUCAACAAAGUCACAGCCUGGAUGCAGUGUCGUCAUCCAACCCUUCCGGAUCAUCUUUCAGAAGACGAUCUGUCCGCAACCGUCAACAACAACAACAAUCUACGCAACAACAACCCGCAACGCAACAGCAGACGAGACGACCCCUAGCCACUGACCUACCAGACGGUUACGAAAUGCGCAAGACUGGUCAGGGUCAGGUGUACUUUUAUCACGUGACGACAGGUAUUAGCACGUGGUACGAUCCGCGAAUACCGCGAGACCUCCGCGAUCUUCCCAUGCCCGGCGCUCUGCCCCCCGGUUGGGAAAUGCGUCAUACUCCAUCGGGCAGGAUUUAUUUUGUGGACCAUAAUAACCGGACGACACAAUUUACCGACCCUCGCCUCUCUUCGGGACUGGCUUUGCAGAAUCUCCUCAAUCUUCAUAGAUCAGACCAUCGUGCAGCCCCAUUGCCGCCUCAACCUUCUCUCCCACCUCCCAACACCGUAGCCACAUCGGAGAGCGGUGCCUGUGCGGCACCUGUAGCGAACUCGAGCUUCUCACCUCCACCGAUUGCCACUCCACUACCGGAUGAGAAGCAAGAAGAGGCGCUGCCGCGUUACAAACGCGACCUGGUCGCCAAAAUUAAAAUUCUUCGGACGGAAUUACAGACGAUGCAACCGCAAUCUGGUCACUGCCGUCUGGAAGUCUCUAGAACUGAAAUUUUUGAGGAAUCGUAUCGGAGCAUCAUGAAACUACGUCCAAAGGAUCUACGUAAACGGCUCAUGGUCAAGUUCCGCGGUGAAGAAGGACUGGAUUAUGGUGGCGUUGCGCGCGAGUGGCUUCACCUUCUCUCGCAGCAGAUGCUCAACCCAUACUACGGUCUCUUCUGCUACUCACGCGAAGAUAAUUACACCCUACACGUCAAUCCCGACAGCAGCGUCAAUCCGGAGCACUUGUCCUACUUCCACUUUGUCGGACGGAUAAUGGGUCUGGCUGUCUUCCACGGACACCAUUUGGACGGCGGUUUCACGUUACCCUUUUACAAAAUGCUUCUCAACAAGCCCAUCACCUUGGACGACAUCACCCACGUCGAUCCAGAACUCCACCGCUCCCUGACCUGGAUGCUUGAAAGUGACAUAACCGGAGUUAUUGACACGACUUUCUCGGUCGAGCACAACGCUUACGGCGCCAUUCAAGUCCACGACCUCAAACCCGACGGCCGCGAUAUGGUCGUCUCCGACGAGAACAAACGGGAAUACGUGCGGUUGUACGUGUCCUACCGAUUCAUGAGGGGCAUCGAACAGCAGUUUCUCUCACUCCAGAAAGGUUUCCACGAACUGAUUCCGGCCAACCUACUUCGACCGUUUGACGAGCGGGAACUGGAACUGCUCAUUGGCGGCAUUUGCAAGAUCGACACGGCUGAUUGGCAGGCCAAUACUCGCCUCAAGCACUGUACAGCCGAAACGCCCGUCGUCCAGUGGUUCUGGCAGAUAGUUGAGUCCUACAGCGAAGAACUGAGGGCCAGAUUGUUGCAGUUUGUUACCGGAUCAUCGCGAGUGCCUCUGCAAGGAUUCAAAGCCCUUCAAGGUUCAACUGGGGCGUCCGGUCCUCGCCUAUUUACUAUCCACCUGAUUGACGCUCCCUGCGAGAACCUACCAAAGGCGCACACAUGCUUUAACCGGCUGGACCUGCCCCCUUACCCGUCCUAUGAGAAGAUGCAUGAGAAGCUGACGCAGGCCGUCGAAGAGACGUGCGGCUUUGCCGUCGAGUGAUGAUUUUCUUUUCCUCCCCUCUCUGAGUCGGCUUUAAAUAUUAAAAAAAUAUUUGUUUGUUUAUCCCUCCCACAUACUCCCUCCAUUUUUUUUUGUGUGUGUGUGUGUGUGGUUUGGAAUUCAUUCUUGCUCUUCUCCCCUUUUAAAAGAAAACAAAAAAAUCGGUGAUGGGUCUCUAGCUCAACGCCUUACCCUCCACCAUUUUCUUACGGCUGUGGCAUAGCUGUGUGCCCUCCCUGUGUAAAUACAUCAAUGUGUAGUAAGCCUCUUUAUCCUCCCGCUCGUCCCUCCUACCAAACAAUACCACACCUUCGUGAAGAACAAAAUUGAAAGAAAAAAAAGAAAAAUUUAAUCAUAGGUCCAUUUUUUUCCCCAUUAUUAUUUUUUAUGCCGACAAAAACUGUUCUCUCUCUCUCUAUGUAACUGGACUAUCCGAUGUCUGGCUAUAUUGCUUAUGUGUUCUGUACCGUACUCUUGGCUGUUUUUUACCUUUUCACAACCUGCCCGCCGCUUCUUUCGUAUACGUCUCUUAAUUUUUCACCGUCAUCAUCAUCGUUUGCUCUUUUCUUUUUUUUUUUCUCACCAUCGCAACGCGCGGACACACAAUGAUUCCACCAAUUUUUGGUUUCAUUUCUUUUUAAAAAGAGGUUUUAAAAAAAAACAGCUUGGUGGUCUGUGUGCGUACCCCCAUUUUUUAUAUAAUUAUUAAAUGUGUUGUUUGUUUUUUUUUUCUUCUUCAUUUAAAAAAUUUCAACUCGAAAAUUUGAAAAAAAAAAACGAAAAAAAAGCAGAUAAAAAAGAAAUUAAAGAAGAUAGUCCCUCCAAAACAAUCAUGCUUUGCAAAGUAAAACAGAAAAGUAAAAGAAAAAAAAAAAGUUCAACGUCUUUUAUGUUUCACCCACAAACUUUUAUACGAACACUCGUCAUGUCAUCCCGCACAGAUAAAACAGCAACACGACACUACACAACCAUACAAGAAGAAGAAAAGAGCCAUUUCAAUAUACAUAUUUUAUGCGACGAUUUCGUCGUAUGAUAUCAA